GGCGACGGGUGCAGCGCAGCCCUCCUCACUGAGGAUGCGCCACACGUCCAGGCCUCUCGAGCCCCUGCGCCUGCGCUGGCAUCUGCCGGGAAAGCCGCCUCGUCUGUCGACUCACUUCCGCCUCCGGCGGUUUAAGCACCGCCUUUUCGGGGGUUGAAGCCGGAAGUGGCGCACAGCCCUAGCAGCAACAACAGUUUUCCACGUGCGCUUAGGGCGCCGGGAUCACGUGGGGAGGCAGAAGCCAAUGGGGAAGCGUUUCGUGUAGGUCUUCUGAGGUGGUGGCGCCAGCGGCUACCUCCUGCCUGUGAGGAGCUGGCUGAGAGGGGACUGGGCGCCGGCGGGGAAGGAGGAGCGCUAGGUCGGUGUACGACCGAGAUUAGGGCGCGCGCCAGCUCCGGGAGGCCGCAGUGAGGGGCCGGGCCCAAGCAGCCGACCCGAGCCGAUCGUCAGGGUCGCCAGCGCCUCAGCUCUGUGGAGGAGCAGCAGUAGUCGGAGGGUGCAGGAUAUUAGAAAUGGCUACUCCCCAGUCAAUUUUCGUCUUUGCAAUCUGCAUUUUAAUGAUAACAGAAUUAAUUCUGGCCUCAAAAAGCUACUAUGAUAUCUUAGGUGUGCCAAAAUCGGCAUCAGAGCGCCAAAUCAAGAAGGCCUUUCACAAGUUGGCCAUGAAGUAUCACCCUGACAAAAAUAAGAGCCCGGAUGCUGAAGCAAAAUUCAGAGAGAUUGCAGAAGCAUAUGAAACACUCUCAGAUGCUAAUAGACGAAAAGAGUAUGAUACACUUGGACACAGUGCUUUUACUAGUGGUAAAGGACAAAGAGGUAGUGGAAGUUCUUUUGAGCAGUCAUUUAACUUCAAUUUUGAUGACUUAUUUAAAGACUUUGGCUUUUUUGGUCAAAACCAAAACACUGGAUCCAAGAAGCGUUUUGAAAAUCAUUUCCAGACACGCCAGGAUGGUGGUUCCAGUAGACAAAGGCAUCAUUUCCAAGAAUUUUCUUUUGGAGGUGGAUUAUUUGAUGACAUGUUUGAAGAUAUGGAGAAAAUGUUUUCUUUUAGUGGUUUUGACUCUACCAAUCAGCAUACAGUACAGACUGAAAAUAGAUUUCAUGGAUCUAGCAAGCACUGCAGGACUGUCACUCAACGAAGAGGAAAUAUGGUUACUACAUACACUGACUGUUCAGGACAGUAGUUCUUAUUCUAUUCUCACUAAAUCCAACUGGUUGACUCUUCCUCAUUAUCUUUGAUGCUAAACAAUUUUCUGUGAACUAUUUUGACAAGUGCAUGAUUUCACCUUAAACAAUUUGAUAUAGCUAUUAAAUAUAUUUAAGGGGUUUUUUUUUUUUUGACAAAUUCAACAUUCAACGAGUAGACAAAAUGCUAAUUAUUUCCCUGAUUAGGAAAGUUUCUUUAAAAAACACGUAAUUUUGCCUAGUGCUUUUUCUCUACCUGCCCUUGGGCUCACUAAUAUCACCAGUUUUAUUACCAAGAAAAUAUUGAGUUUACCUGAUUAAACUUUAAAAGUUAAUUGUAGAUUUAAAUUGUGUGAAUCUAAUGAUUUUUGCAGUGAAACCUUUACUAAUUCAAAGUUGCAUGUUCUGUGACAUCUGUGACUUGAGUUGCAGAGUGUACAUGAAACUGUAUAAUUGAGUCAUUCAGUAAAGGAGAACAGUAUCUUGGUUAAUUGCUACUGAAAGGUUGAGAAAGGAAUGGUUUGAUAUUUACCACAGCACUGUGCCUUUCUACAGUAGAACUGGGGUAAAGGAAAUGGUUUUAUUGCCCAUAGUCAUUUAGGCUGGAAAAAAGUUGAAAACUUAACGAAAUAUUGCCAAGAGAUUGUUAUGUGUUUGGUUCCAGGCUAAAAAUGAUUUUGUAGUGUUGAAAUCAUAGCUACUUACAUAGCUUUUUCAUAUUUCUUUCUUAGUUGUUGGCACUCUUAGGUCUUAGUACGGAUUUAUGUGUUUGUGUGUGUAGUUUAUCCUCUCUCUCAUCUUUAUCUAGAGAUUGACUGAUACCUCAUUCUGUUUGUAAAACCAGCCAGUAAUUUCUGUGCAACCUUACUAUGUGCAAUAUUUUUAAAUCCUGAGAAAUGUGUGCUUUUGUUUUCAGAUAGACUUAUUUCUUUAGUUCUGCACUUUUCCACAUUAUACUCCAUAUGAGUAUUAAUCCUAUGGAUACAUAUUAAAACAAAUGUCUCAUACAACAUUGUAUGUGAGAGAAAUAUAAAUAUUUACAGCCUGAUAUUCGUUGUUGUUUUAUUGUUAAAAGUUUAUUAUGCAACUCUGGAGGUAUAGAGGGCAUAUAAGCUAUGGGACAUAUGCUGAUCACAGGCUAUAUUCAUGAAGUUACUUUUGACCAACCUGAAAACUGAUAGGAUUUUGUUUGUCAUUUGGUAAUUUCUACUGCAUUCUUACCAUCCUUCUCUCACAAAUUUUGAUAGCUUGAAGAUCUUUUAAUUAUAAUUUUGUUGUAUUUGUUUGCUAGGAGCAAGUGUUCCUGCUGCCAGUUCUUUCCUCUUUAGGCGUGGUUGAGAAAAAGCAGAAACUUUACAUAAAGCUGUAUUUCUUAAUCAUCUUUAAUUUGAAACUUAAGAAAAUGAAUUUAUUCUGUUAUAUUUAUGUAACUUAUUUCCUGGAAGUUAUAUCUACUAGUUUUGUUUGAUAAUAAUAAAAUUAGCUAUACCUUGAA